GUUCUUGGUAAGAAGUGCGAUGGCAGUCGCCGUCCGUAACUCGAAGUAUGAGUAGCACUGCACUGGAUACGAGGAUGCUUCUCGGAAGGCGGAAUAUAAAUACUCGAGAUGUACAUGGGCAAUGAUUCGAUUACAAUCUGCCGUUCAGAAGUUUCGCUGCAGAGAAAGCGAACAAGAUGCCUUUCAUUCUUUCCAUCGGUGCCGCAAUUGCUAUCAUUGCAUAUCUUUUACUCCAACUCAUAUUACAUACUACGCAGGAUGCACGGGAGCCUCGUCUUGUUGAGAGCAAACUUCCAUUUUGUGAUUCCAUCAUUGGCAUCGCAAAACAAAGAGCUGGGUACUUGGUCGGUCUCAGUAAUCGAUUCCAUCUACCAAUCCAGACCUUACGAAUGCCUUUCCAGCGCCUGUAUGUCGUACAUGAACCAUACUUGAUUCAAAAAAUCCAGAGUAAGGCUAGUGCUCAAACGUUUGUGCCGAAUCUACUGGACUUCGGGAUGCUCUUUAGUGGUUUGAACACAGAAUCUCAAAGCACACUUAGAAGAGGAUUUGGAUCUCAUGGCAAUGGCUUCACUAUGAGCGUACACAAAUAUCUCCUCUCGGGCGACUCUCUGAAGAUUGCCACGAAGGCUGCCGUAGAAAGACUCACUUCCGGCCUGCCUAACAGUACUCACAGCAUCAGAGGAGGUCUACAAGAGAUUGUGCGCCAUGAGCUUACUUUGGCAAUGACUGGAGCUAUAUAUGGACCUGAAAACCCAUACGACGAUCCAGUGAUCGAGGAAAGCUGGGGAACGUUCGUUCCAGGCAUCAGUCAUCUACUAUACAGUCCAGUACCAUCUUUGACUGCACGCAAGGCUCUGCGUGCGCGUAGUCGUAUUGUCUGCGCCUUCAAGAAGUACUUCGAGACGGGCGGUCAUCUCCAGGCGUUUCCCAUGAUCCCAGAGAUGCACGAAAUUAACAAAGGCCACGGACUCAGCACUGAGGAGGCUGCCAAGAUGGAGAUGGCCACAUCCUUGGCGAUGCUUAGUAGUGGCGCUGUGACAGCCUUCUGGCUGCUGUUCCACCUCUUUUCGGACAAGAGCCUUACCGUGAGCGUUCGAGAAGAGCUAAGCUCAGUGACGGAAAUAUCAAGUCUCGAGAAAGUCAAGAUUGUCAACCUCAGCACUGUUAGAGAUCGCUGCCCUACCCUUGUCGCGGUACUGAAUGAGACUCUUCGUUAUCACAGCACUGUGAUCAACAUCAAACAAGUCCAGCACGAUACAACUCUGGAUGGUCAGUACCUACUCAAGAAGAAUGGGAUUGUUAUGAUCCCGGGUCAGAGCGUACAUCACAAUCAAGACAUCUGGGGAGCUACUGCCGAUACUUUUGACCACCAACGCUUCCUCUCUUCAAACUCCAGGAAAAAUCUUUCAAGCACCUCGGCCUUCCGUCCCUUUGGAGCCGGUGCAACGAUGUGUCCCGGACGACACUUCUCCACCAAUGUUAUCCUGAGCUUGGCGACUAUGGUUUUGCUCAAGUUCGACGUCUCUCCUUCUGAUGGAGAGUGGCAAGAGCCUACGAAACGAAAUGCAGACAUGUGGAACGCGAUGCCAAAGCCGGACCAAGACAUAGAUGUUGAAUUUGUGCCAAGAGGCGAAGAGCAGGCGGGUUGGAAGUUUGUAUGGUGAUAAGAGGUGAAGUAAUCAAGGUGCUCAAGGCCAAGAGUCCAUGGAAAGCAUUAGCAAUGUUG